AUGAAGAACCAUUCAAUGCAGACAGAAUUCAUUCUUUUAGGUCUGACCGAUGACCCUGAGUUACAGGUUGUAGUUUUCCUCUUUCUACUUUUGACAUACAUGUUGAGUGUGACGGGGAACUUAACUAUCAUCAUUCUCACUCUGCUGGAUCCCCACCUUAAGACACCAAUGUAUUUUUUCCUAUGAAAUUUCUCUUUUUUAGAAAUCUCAUUUACAAGUGUUUGUAUCCCAAGAUUCCUGGUGAGCCUUGUGACAAAAGACAAAACUAUUUCCUAUAUGGGUUGUAUGACUCAGUUAUUUUUUUUCAUCUUUUUGGGGGUAACUGAAUUUUACCUUCUGGCUGCCAUGUCCUAUGACCACUAUGUGGCUAUCUGUAAACCCCUGCAUUAUACCACCAUCAUGAAUAACAGAGUCUGUUACCAAUUGGUAUUGAGCUCGUGGGUAACUGGAUUCCUGAUUAUCUUUCCCCCAGUCAUCUUAGGACUCAAAUUGGAAUUCUGUGCUUCCAAUAUCUUUGAUCAUUUUAUUUGUGAUUCUUCUCCCAUCCUGCAGAUCUCUUGCUCAGAUACACAUUUCCUAGAAGUAAUGUCUUUUUUCUUGGCUGUAGUGACAUUAAUGGUCACAUUGCUGUUAGUAAUUCUCUCUUACAGCUACAUCAUCAAGACAAUUCUCAAAUUCCCUUCUGCUCAGCAAAGGACAAAAGCCUUUUCUACCUGUUCUUCCCACAUGAUUGUGGUUUCCAUCUCUUACGGCAGCUGCAUCUUCAUGUAUAUAAAACCAUCAGCAAAUGAUAGAAUAACUUUAAGCAAAGGAGUAGCUGUGCUCAAUACCUCAGUUGCCUCUUUAUUGAACCCCUUCAUUUACACUCUAAGAAAUCAGCAAGUGAAACAAGCUUUCAAGGACAUGGUCCAGAAAGUUUUAUUUGCUUCAAAAAGUGAGAAAAUUUCAAAGACUAUGAUGAAAGAAUGA